AUGGCCUGGGUUGGAAACCUGUCUCCAGCACUUUGCAGCGGUGCGACCUUGAACAAGUUACUUAACCUCUCCAAGUUUCGCUUCAAUAAAAGCGCAGUCACAGACACAGGUAGAGCUGCUCUUCCAGCGCUGAUUUAUUUUCUCUCUUUCCCUUGCCCUUGGUGUCCCCAGGGCAGAGCGCGCCGGCCUCCAUCUGGGCAGCACAGGCAUUGUGAGGGAUGCUUCGACCGCCACUGCCAUGUUCCUGUGGAGCCUGACGUCUCCUGCAUGGUGAUAAACUGCCACCUGCUCUGUGGGGCCACCUUCCACAUGUGCAAAGAGGCAGAACAUGAGCUUCUUUGCCCUCUAGAGCAGGUUCCAUGCCUCAACUCCGAAUAUGGCUGCCCGCUUUCCAUGUCCCGCCACAAGCUGGCCAAGCACCUGCAGGUGUGUCCUGCCAGUGUGGUCUGCUGCUCCAUGGAGUGGAACCGCUGGCCCAACGUGGACUCUGAAACAACCCUUCACGAGAACAUCAUGAAAGAGAUCCCCAGUGAGGAGUGUUUGGACACAGCCCUGGCCCUCCGGGACCAGAAAGUCCUUUUUAGGUCCUUGAAGAUGGUGGAACUUUUCCCAGAAACUAAAGAGGUCAUCAAGGAGAGACCGACUGUGAAUGGUGAAGCCACUUGGGAAGAAAUGGCAGGGGCAGUGGGUGGAGCCGAUGUGGAUUUGGUACCACGCGGCUCUCUGUCAACAACUAAUGAAGAGAUGGCAGAGCUGAGUCAAGAAGAACGAGAGGCAUUAGCCAAAACCAAAGAAGGGAUGGACCUGAUCAAGUAUGACAAGUGGGAAAAUAUCUUCAGCAAAGAACACGCAGCCUCUGCUUUAACAAAAUCACCCUCCGGCUGUGAGAGCGAGAGCAAGAGAAAGAAUGCCUCAGGGAAAGAACAAGUUUCCAGAGACAAUAACGCAGUAGGAGAGGGCGUAGCCAAAGGGAAAGAACCACAGGAAACCCAGAAAAAGGAGGACUUUCACACAGCUGUGGAAACAGUGGGGCUUGCCCCUUGGCAGGAUGGUGUUCUGGAAAGACUAAAAACAGCUGUGGAUGCAAAGGACUAUAAUAUGUAUCUGGUGCACAAUGGGCGGAUGCUUAUUCACUUCGGCCAGAUGGCUGCUUGUACACCUAAGGAGAGAGACUUUGUUUAUGGCAACCUCGAGGCUCAAGAAGUUAAAACUGUUCACACCUUCAAAAUUCCUUUGAGCUAUUGUGGAAAGCGGGCUCGACUUGGAGAUGCCAUGUUGAGUUGCAGGCCAAGUGAACACAAGGCAGUAGACACCUCAGAUUUGGGGAUCACCGUGGAGGAUCUGCCCAAAUCAGAUCUCAUCAAGACCACCCUUCAGUGCGCUUUGGAAAGAGAACUCAAAGGUCAUGUCAUCUCUGAAUCCAGGAGCAUUGAUGGGCUGUUCAUGGAUUUUGCCACACAGACCUACAACUUUGAGCCAGAACAGUUUUCCUCUGGGACGGUGCUGGCUGACCUCCUGACUGCUGCCAGCCCAGGGGGGCUCCACGUGGAGCUCCACAGUGAAUGUGUGACCAGGCGACACAACAAGAGCAGCUCCGCCUUCACUUUCACUUGCAACAAGUUCUUCAGGAGGGAUGAAUUCCCCCUACACUUCAAGAAUGUCCACACAGACAUUCAGUCAUGUCUCAAUGGCUGGUUCCAGCAUCGAUGCCCUCUAGCUUAUUUGGGAUGUACAUUUAUUCAGAACCAUUUCCGUCCCCCGGGGCAAAAAGCUAAAGUGAUCUAUAGUCAGGAGCUCAAGACCUUUGCCAUCAAGCCAGAGGUUGCUCCAGAGCUGAGUGAGGGGACAAAGAACAACUAUCCCUCGGGCUGUGGAAGAAAAAGCCAGAAUUCUCUAACCAGCUUGCCCCUGGAGAUCUUGCAGUAUAUUGCUGGGUUCUUGGACAGCAUCAGCCUGUCCCAGCUCUCCCAGGUAUCUGUGCUGAUGAGGAAUAUCUGUGCCACUUUGUUACAAGAGAGAGGGAUGGUCCUCCUGCAAUGGAAGAAGAACAGGUAUUCCCACGGAGGCACCUCCUGGAGAGUCCACCGAGAGGUCUGGCAGUUCAGCAGCCUCUUCUCCAAAAUCAAGAGCUGGGAGUUUAAUGAUGUCACCUCCAUGUCUGAGCACCUGAAGACUUGUCCUUUCAACGUCGUGGAGCACAAAACUGACCCCAUCCUUUUGACCAGCAUGUGUGAGCCCCGUGACCAGGCCCGAAAGACCUUAGUCUCCACCUUUACAAACAGACUACGGGGAAGAAACAUUUUCUAGAGAUUGACACCACCAUUCUAGGCUUCCCCCUCGGAGUUCCUGAAAGUAGGACAGAGCGUGGUUUUGAGGA